AUGUCGUCCCUCUCCGACCUCGACUUCCUCAACCAGACGCUCGCUACACGUUCUAGCGGGACGAACGGCUCGUCAACAGACGUAACAGCGUCUACAACAACCUCUCAAGCUGGCUCCAUUCCUCCCGCGGCGACUCGACCAACAGACGCCUCUCCCCCCACUUCCUCCUCAACGAGAGACGCCUCCAUCUCCUCCCUCCUCGCAACUCUACACUCCGCCCAAUCCGCAGCAACACGACUAAGCACUUUAGUCCCCGAUCUCGAAGACGGCGCCGCAGAAGGAGGCGGAGAGGGCGAGGAGAUGGACGAGCAAGCGUUGAAUGCGAUGCUUGAGCGGCUUGAUGAGGCAGAAGGAGCGGCGGACGACCUCGAGGGACGACUGGACGGGCUGAUUAGUAACCUUGAUCAGCUGCUUGGGGCGCUUGGAGCGGUGGGCGAGCAGGAAAGGGGUGGUGAGGCGGAUUCGAGCGGGUCUGCAGAGGCGAAGGAGCCCGGGAAGCGGGAAUGA